AUGUCCCCACCCCAUUUCGAGUACCGCCCCUGUGAAAAGACACACUGUCCAUACAGUGAUGAUCCGCAUCAGCAUCGCACGCUGAUAGUUGAUGGACCCGAUCCUUUCAGAAAUUUCCAACCUCUUUCUCCAGUCUCGACCAGUUCAAGCUCUAUAUCAGAGCACUCGGUAAUACGCCGCUUCCAAGCUGCACAAAACCGACGACAAGCAAUGGCAAGGAUUGCGGCAGUAUCAACAUGGAGACUGAACAGAAUAUGGAAUUCUAUGAGUGGCCCAUUGUCUCUCCUGCGUCGCAGAACACUGGCUCGCUUAACAAAUCGGCUUCAGGAGAGAGAAAGAUCCAACUUUAGGGGUAAUUCGUGGUCUACAGCAUCUUCAUACUUUUCUCUCUCACGCAAACACCUGCUCAGCAAGUCACCUUCAAUGAAGAGUGAGUCCUUGGAUGAACAGCACAAUUUGGAGUCUUGCGACAACGUUGACCACAACAACUGGACGCUCUACCUUAAGCCUGUCAAACAGAGCUUGGAAAAACCGACCAUAAAUAUAUUCGUACUACCAGGGUUCAGCUUACAUGAACUAGCAUUCCUCGUUGAAGACCUAACAGUUAUGCAAGUUCGUGUUCCUGACAGUCUAGCCUAUUGUGAUCCUCUAUUCGUGAACCACAAUCGCUCGACUGUAUUAUGUCCUCAGACACCUGAAAUCAGAGUGGUGUCUCCCAGUCCAGACGCCCAAGGAAGAGUCACUGUGGAAAGUGAUUAUUUCGGUAGUGGAGGUCAAGUGCGAGACGGGAAACUCGAUAUUCCUUCAAGGCUGCUGUCUAUCGAUGAAACACAGUCGCUUGAGUUCCCAAAACCCAAAGAGCCUCGAGCAGAAAACGGACACGUGAAAGUUGGCCAUCUUCAGGUCCCCGAGCGACCCCUAGUGAAUCCUCACAACCAAGUUCGAGUUCCUGACGGAGAUCAACAGGAAGCGCAUACUUUAGCAUCCGAGAGAGGGAUCGAAGGUGUUGACUUUAUACCGGUAACAGACUCGAUUAAGGAGCGUGAGACUCAACGUGUACCUAGGCAGAUCGACAAAGAUCACAGCGCCCUCCGAGAAGGCGAGACGUCAUUGAAUCGACUCACAAAGAGAACUAGAGAAUGCUGCCGAGCACUUAUGAGAAGGAUAGUUCCGCUUUCGAGACAGCCCAAGACCUCAGCGACAUCAAACUCAGUGAAGUCCCUCGGUGUUCAAGCUCCUGCUGAGCGGGAGAUUAUUGUUAGAACCUACGAGGUUGAUGUCUCCAGCAACGCUCAACAAGGUGCCCAGCAACUUGAGCAGCAAACGACUUUGACAUCGCAUGAGCAUCGCGGCCGUUCGGAUGCUCUAGUUUCGUCAAGUUCGCCACUUGAGCAUCAAUUGUCUGAUAAAACUACGGACGACAAGGACGUGCUUUCAAAAGUGCGUAGUUCGUUGUCAAAACGAAAACAGGGGUGGCAACGAGUGGCAUCACUACGGUCCAGGCGACGCUCACUGGUAGCAUUUCGGGGAAGCUUUUCAUUUGUGGCUGCCGAAAACGAUUGCGCCGACUCGAUGACUGAGAACCGAGAAGUGGAGCGUUCUAUAUCUCCUCGCACUUGUCCAGCGUGA